AUACUGUCUCUGAAAAAGUUAAGAAGAAACUUGAAAAAAUUACAGAAGAAGCUAUUGCGGGGCUUCAAAGUGGUGUUUGGUUCCAAUCGAAUGAUCCAUAUGUUAUCGUUUUUGAUGCCACUGCCAAGGAAGUCGCUAGAACGAAAAUAGCGCCAUCGACGAACAAUCCAAUCUGGGAAGAA